GUAACGGUGGAUCUGUAGAUGUUAUUCAACUGAAAAUUGUGAAUUUGGAGAAAUUUAAGUAUUUUUAAAAAUUGACCAUGGCUGAUGAAGAGCUUCCGAAGGGGUGGGAGAAAAGAAUGAGCCGUUCAACUGGACAAGCAUAUUAUUUAAAUAUUUACACCAAAGAAAGCCAGUGGGAUAGGCCUACAAAACCUGCAGAACCUGGCUCUGGAGGAGGUGGUGGUGGAAAUUCUGUAGACCAAGUCAGAUGCAGUCAUUUGCUUGUCAAACACAGAGAUUCAAGGCGGCCUAGCUCGUGGAGGGAAGAUAGUAUAACCAGGACCAAAGAAGAAGCAUUGGAAAUCAUUGAAGGCUAUAGAGAACAACUGAUGACUGGAAAAGCUACAUUUGAAGAACUAGCCUCUAAAUAUAGUGACUGCAGUUCUGCUAAACGGGGUGGAGAUCUUGGGUUAUUUGGUAGGGGUGCUAUGCAGAAACCAUUUGAAGAUGCAUCAUUUGCUUUAAAAGUGGGAGAACUAAGUAAGCCUGUGUUUUCAGAUUCAGGUGUCCAUCUUAUCAUUAGGACUGCAUAAAUGUGCCAUUUUUGUAAUUUACUAUGCAGAAAUUACUGUUAUAGGAACUUUUGCUUCUUGUCCAUAUUAGAACAUCAUUUGAAAUUCAAGUAAAUAUGAAUAUUGUUUGCUUUAAGAUGUUGGCAGAUUUUUUCCCUCUUAAUUAUUUAAAUUUCAUUUAUUUUGCAAAUAAUUUCUUUUGCAAAAAUACUGUAGUAUGUAAGAAACCUUUUGCAUAACUUUACAAAAAUUCUCUUAUGUAGUUAAAAUUUUUAAACUUUUAAUUAAAAUGACUUCCACUUAGUAAACAGUAGGUUUCAUUAUUUGUGUACAUUGAAGUUAGCAAUAGUUUAUAUAUAUUUGUAUGUGUAUAUAUAAAUAUAUAUACUCACAUAUAUAUUUAAUUUUAAUAAUAUGUCUUAAAGUAUAUGGUAUUGAUUGUAUUUUUAAAAUGUACAACAUGAUUUCAGUUCUAGGAAUGCUAAGUAUUUCUUUCAGUUUAAUGCUGAUAUUAUUUUUAUGAAUUAAUAUAUCAGAAAUAUUAUGUAUGGAAUUAUGAAAUUGAUUGAUACUGAAUGUAGUUACUUUACGGGCUAAUUUAAUUAAUUAUUUAUCAGUGAUAUAUUGCAUUGAAAUGAGUCAGCUAUAUAACAUAUGAAAUUUUAUCAGAGAUUACAUUAUAUGGCAAUGUUGUUACUGUUGAUAUAGAAUUAGGAAAUGAAGGCUUAUCUGUAGAAAAUCAAACUAUAAGAGAUAACUGUAAUUAUUCAUUAUUGUUAUUGUGGUAAUUUUUUGCACUAUUUUGAUUAAGAUUAUUAUUUGAUUUGAUUUUAAGCACUAUUUUGAUUAAAAAGGUAAAUUUUUAUGCCUGUAAAAAUGCCAGAUUAAAAAAUUAUUUUGGAUAUAUUGAUUUGCUAUUAAAUAACAUUUUCUUAUUUUCAACAACUGCUUAAUAUUUUGUGAUUAACUGUAAAGAUUGUGUUUAAAACUUGCAUUGUAUCAUUUUGAAAUUCUGGAAAUAUUCAGAAGAAUUUAGAAAUUAAUAAAACAUCAAGCAUAGAUUUAACUGUUAUAGGUUAAAAUUAAAGUUUUUAACAGAUAAAAGUCUUGCAUUUUAUGUUUUUAAACUAGAGAUUUAGUAAUCUUACCUACAAUUUAUUGUUUGCUAUUAGAACAAAAUUGCCCAUGAUCAGAAUACUGAAAUAUGCAUGAAAACUGUCAAAAGUGAAAAAAUUGCAGUGUUUUGGGUAUCAGCUGAAAGACUAGAUAGCAUUUAAAACUUUAUUAAAAGCACAAGCAUUUAACCUGGAAUGAAAAACAUAAAUAGUCAUGAGACUUGUCAAAACCUGAGAGGUCUUUAAUUUUCAUGAAGCCAGCUUUUCUGCUUGGAGCUUUGUGAUGUAUAUUUGAAUUUUUUUUAUUUUAAAUAUGCUUUUAGUAGAUCUGUCAUGAAGACAUAAUGCAUUCUAUCUUGACAUAGGUUGUACAAAAUCAACAGGACUUACAGUGAUGUUCUGCAUAGUCUCAGAAGGGGGGGGGACAUCUUUAAUCAUUGUUGGGAAGCUCUUAUUUCUGUGUUCUUUAGUUAAUAAAUUCAGCCAUGCAGGUAACUUUGAAUUGUGUUUUUUGUUUAGAUCAUGUAAGAGGUUUAUUUUAUUCAGAGUUGGCUUACCAAGAACAUAUUUCAUAUUAAGUAUUAGUAUAAUAAUAUUUAUAAUUUAAAAUUAAUAUCACUGCAUCAUGAUAUCAUAAGUGUUCCACUACAGGACCCCAUCAUAACACUGUUACUUUAAACAGAUUGUCCAAUAUGAGCUAAGGCAGAAAAUUUCACAAUGUAUCCUGAAUUUUGAUUGCAUUAGGAGGCUUAGGUUUUUAACUUUCAUGUUCCAUGACUAUGAAGUAAGAUUUUCAUUUGCAUUACUAAUCAGAGUAGCAAAUAAAACCAUAUUUGUGUAGAUCCAGGUGUAAAGGUGUGUGGACUUUUAUGUGGAUUGAUUUUUUUCAUUUUUCAAACUGACUUUUUGUACAUAUUGCCACCUUUAUGAUAGCACACCUCUGUGAUUGUUUCUGCACUAGCAGACACUGGCUGAACUGCUUAUAUGCUUGACACUUUUGUGAUAGAGCAUUACUAUGAAGGCAUCCUAUCCUUAAUUGUAUUAUCAGCUGGAGAAGAUCAGAAAUUACUGCUUUAAGAUGUCAUUUAUCAAGAGUGAACAGAAAAAAAAAAGAAGAAGAAGAUUAGUAUCCUUUUUGUAGCUGAGAAAAAACCCAUGAGCUCUUCCUGAUUGGUAGUCUAUAAAAAAUAAUUGAAAUUAAAAAACUAAAAGCAGGAAAAACUCAUUUGGACAAUAGGAAAGGAAGGAGAAACAAUGCGUAUACUCUAGAAAUUCCUGGAAGAAUAAACAAUGCGUAUCUCCAGAAAUUCCAGGAAGAUGUGAAACAAUGAACAUACUUAAGAAGGCUGCUGUCAGUACUUGUCUAGAAGACAGUUUGUCUUUUCUAAUUAUUUGAAAAAUAUCAAACUCAAGAAGCUUUGGUCCUAUUUACCGUAGCCCAUAUUUGAACUGUAAUAAACACAUAAUAAAUGACAAAAUGGCCUGCAGAAGAAAGAGGUUUGAUGUUAUAAAAAGAAACUCAUAACUGCUUGAAAGAAAGCUGACUAAUACUUGUGUAGUUAGACACUUCAGAUAUCUCUUAAUUUGUCUCGCUUUGACAACUGCAGACAUUUUCUAGUAACCCUGAUUGCCAUAAUUGCUUUAGAUUAGAACUUUCAGAGUUUCUUAUAGUAGGAUGGCAAUUUAACUUUCAGCCACCUUCUCAUUUGACUCUUGGAAGAGUUUUUUAAAUACAUAGCGUAUAUAUAGAUGCCUGCUUGUUAUACCCAGAUGUUUGUCAUUUUUUUCCCCUUUAGUUUGAAGAGUUCCUCAUUGUGUUCUAGUACUUGCAAACUAGCUGUUUAUUUGUGUUUUUGUUUAAUUUUUCAUCUGUUUAUGCUGUUUCAUUUGAAUUUUACCCUCAAGGGCAGAAAGGGCAGCAGAGGAAAAAAUUAGCCCUUGUGGGUUUCUUUUCCUUUAUAAUUUAUGUAUCAGAUAGAUUUUUCAUUUACUUGCAAUUUAUCCACAGUUUACGAUCUUUUAUUUUUAUGAGCUGCCUGACAUAGAAAUUUAAUUAUAUUUCCUUCUUUCUUUGACAUAAAUGCUUGCCUUUUCUUCUUAUUUCUGAUAAGAGUUAUUUUGGUAUGCCCUCAAUUGCAAACCUGUGUCUUAAAUAAAUGUAACAUGCAAAAUUAUGUCCUUAUAUUGAGUAUCCCUGCAGAUUCAGUUUUUCACUCCUGGUCCUUCUUGUUCCUUUAUUUUUGGUAUAUAGCUGUUAUCUGGAUGUUAUAUUGAUAGCACAUCAAAGUAUCUUAAAUUACUUUUGAGCUGUUACCCUUUAUAAUGUAUCUCAGUGUUUUCAAUAUUUUAUAAGAAGUGUGCAUGUUUAAGGUCUCUGCUAGUAUUUUUGUAUUGAGCGAAGUUAUGUGAAACUGCAUGAAUUGGAAAGUGAGCUUAGUCUCAUAUUAAUGUUCUCUCUGACUUCCCAAAUGUAUGUAUUUUUUCUUUGUACAUGUGUGGCUUACGUUUUUUACCUGUAAAAUUAUAUUUAGUUAGUUAAACGCUUUUUGCCCUUAAAGUUAUAAAACUUUAAUUGUGCAAAAUCAGACUUUGAGUAAUUUGAAAAAUUUUUACUUUUCUAAUUCAAGUUUGUUUUUUUUUUUUUUUUUUCUUUUUCUUUUCUUUUUUGGGGUGUUUGUAUGUUAUGGUGUGUAUGCAUCCACAUAUGUUUUGCAUAUAUGGUCUUAUCAUUUCAAUCAUAUUUUGGAACCAAAUGUCUCAUCAUUUGUUUUCUUUAUUUUUCUUGUCUUAUGUUUCUUUUCAUGCUAGUCUUAGCUUAAAUUCCCCCAAUUGUUUUUCCUCCUCAAAUUUGUUUAAACUUGAUCUGUACUGUUAUGUUAUACUCUAUUUUGUAUGAAAUGAUCACUGAUUCUUAACUAAUUUCAUUAAAUCUAAUAUUCUGCUUUUUAUUUUUCUCUUUUUAAUUGAUCUAUUCUGUUUUGUCUGUUCCAUUUUACCACUGCCAGUAAACACCAUCUCAAGUAAGUUUUUUUGUUCAGCCAGUAUUGCAUUAUAUGAAUAGAAUCAUACUUACAAUUUUUUUGAAAGACUUUCCUUCAUUUCUGUGAUAUAUGUUAUGCAUUUAAUAAAAUAAUAAUCUUUCUAAGUUUAAUAAAAAAACCGUAUUCGCUUUCAUCAAUAAAUUUAUGCGUUCUGAAAUAUUACUGUGCAAUAUUACAUAUUUCUCUAACUAUUAAUUUGUAUUUAAAUACUUAAUAUUUGAUAAUUCUGAAGCACAUAUCACAUAUUAGGAAAUCCAUUACUUGAGUGGCCAUGUCACAUAUAUACUGUAUACUGACAUUUAAUUAGAUACCUCUUAAUCAUUUAAAUGCAUCUGGCAUAGUAAUUGUUAGAUCAUCCUUGCUCAUGCUUAAGAAACAUAUGUAUUAUGAAUUAUUUUCUGUAGUUCUAUUUGAAAUAAAUAUUUUAUAGUUUCCAAAA